CUGGUUCUGUGCUGGGAGUAGCUCCUCCAGUACUUUGACGGCAUCGUUUGGAGUCAGGACCUCGCCACCCGUCGUCGGUGCUGUGUAGCUAUAGCUACAUUGGAUAAGCUCAAGUGAGAUGCUAUACACACUCUAUGAUGUAGCUAAGCUGUCUACAAUCACUUGUGUUCAGCCUCGUGGACCAUGUCGGGAGAGGGGAGGGCGGCCUUCCUGGGUGAGAGAUUGGCUGGAGCCCAGCACUUUGACAUUGACGAGGUGUCAGAGCAGAGUUCUCCCUACCCUCACAUGAUCCCUUCCCAUCACCGCUUCCAGAUCGACCCUCGUGGCCAAGAUGGGAGUGGGUAAUGGAGAUCAUGUGGUGGUGUAUGAUGGACACAGUGAGGGACUGAUGGCCUCUGCUAGAGUCUGGUGGAUGUUCAGAUUGUUUGGUCACGAGAGAGUGUCAGUGCUAGAUGGGGGUCUGAGGAGGUGGAAAUUUCACUGGUUCCCCACAGUAUCAGGGGAACCCCACACACCAGAGGCCACUAAUUUCACUGCAUUUUUCAACCCUCACUUGCUCAGGACUUACCAGCAGAUGUUGCAUAACCACACAUCUCGUCACGAACAGGUUGUAUAUACAUGCACGUAGCAGUGCCAGGUUCAAAGGUGAGGUCCUGGAGCCCCGCCCCUCUCUGCCCAGUGGAGGGAUGAAGGGAGUAGUCAACCUCCACUAUAGCAGACUACUGGAUGCUCAGUGGGAUACUGUCAAGACCAGGAGCCUUCUGGCCUCAGGUGUCUACUGUUCAUUGUCACAUUCUCAUAAUCUCCACAAAUUGUGCUAGAGAACCUGAAUACCUUUGUACUGUUAAACGAUUUGUCAGCAUAAUAUAGUCAUGCUACCUACAGUUGAACUUUUAAAAUGGACCCUCGGUAAAGCGGAGAAGCACCAGCAAAGCAUAGCAUUGGUAAAGAAACCUCUGAGAAGGCACCCGUGCCUCGGAGUAGCUACAUGGACCAGUAAAAUAUUAGGAACUUUGGUUGUAGAUGUAUGCAAGUCUAGGAUAGCUAUUUUUCUUAGGUAAAAUGGUAAGUGCCCUGUACAGACAGACAUUAAAAAGCAGAAUGCCUGGUGUGGCUUCCACGAUUACAGGUGUUGGCAAAAUAAUAGCCCCCUCUUCCCUCUCUGUCUGUCUCUCUCUAGAGUUCCAGAGGUCAGGAGUGGACUUGACCCGGCCAGUGGUUGCCACAUGUGGUAGUGGUGAACGGAAUGUGGGGUAGACAGGAGGCAGUGGAGGGAUGAUGAUAAUGACUGUCAGACUGUUCUGGGGUAGAUAUAUGACUAGUACUCUUGGCUCUGGGAAGAUGCCUGUUUGCUCAUCCCUCCGCUCUUCUUGGGGAGAAGGACGGCCU